AUGGUGAAGCUAGAUGAGCUAUACACCGAGAAGCAAUUGAUAUACAAUAGUCCCAUCUCCGACAUAUGUAAAGCCAAACCCGUGAAUCUGGGCGCCGCCGCGGUCGUCUGUCUCAAGAUUGUCGAUGUCGAUUUCAAGAUCCCGCCGCAUUCGAUCCAUCGAGAAAUCGAAGCCAUAAAGAAAUUACAGCUGCAUCGUGCAAUUGUGGAGUACAUUGACCACUUCCAGAUUAUAGAUGAUAUGAUCUUGGUUGAGCAAUACUACGAUAUGAACUUGCUGCAGUUGAUGACGCACGUUGCCAAGUAUAGUCGCAAGAAGACGAGAUUGAACUUGGAGAACCCCUUAUUGGCGCCCAGUUACACCAUAUGGAACAAUAUCGCUUCUGAUGACGUACGGGGCUUUUUGACGAGCAUGAGUGAUGGGUUGCGGCAUAUUCAUGGACAUGGAAUCAUUCAUCGAGAUAUCAAACCUAGCAACAUCUUGUUUAAAAAAAAAUUGACUUCAAAUGGCGGUGGUGGCGAUGAUGAUGAUGAUGAUGAUGUUGAUAUUACCCAACCGGUGAUUGCUGAUUUCGGCGUAUGCUAUGAUACGACUAAUCCACCACUGGAUGAACCACCUUUGGGGAAAUACAUCGAUGUGUGCACGGGGAUAUACAAGCUGCCGGAGUUAUUGUUGGGGAUGACAGAUUACCAAUACGAGAUAGAUGUAUGGGCGCUCGGGGUAAUUUUGACUAUAUUGUAUUCACCCGAUUUCAAAAGUGUUUUGCUCCGUGGCGGCUGUGGUCAACAAGAAAAAGGAGGAGAAGAAGACGAAGACGAAGAUGGUGACGAGGAAAUGAGGAAUGAGAUGCAAAUUAGUGAUUUGCAUUUACUUAGCUGUAUCUUUAACAGCUUUGGCACUCCCCACUACGAGCCAGACGACGAUGAGGAAAUGGUGUGGCAAGAGUUGGAGCGGGAUGAAUAUCAUUUCAAAAAGUUUAAUUUGAAGAAACACAAACGCAAGGCAGUAGGCGAGUUGAUACCUCGUUGUCACGAUGAACAAGUCCAGCUAUUAUUUUCGAAGAUGACUCGAUAUGACCGCGGUAAGAGGAUUACGAGUGAAGAGUUGUUCAAUUCGUUGAAACGGUAA